AUGCUUUUACUGUUCAUAGCGGCUCUGCUGGGACCAGCAGCUAAGGCUCACGCCGUCAAUCGUAUCAUCGGAGGUGAAGAAUGUGACUCCCAUUCACAGCCGUGGCAGGUGGCCUUAUACUACUUUGAUGUGUUUAUCUGCGGCGGAGUCCUGAUACAUGAAUCCUGGGUGCUGACAGCAGCUCAUUGCUACAUGUCGAACAUCCAAGUUCGACUUGGAGCGCACAACCUCAAGAUGGUUGAAGACUUUGAGCAGCUCACAUAUGCUGAGAAACAGUUUUGCCACAGUGACUUCAACACUGUGACAUAUGACAGUGACAUCAUGCUUCUCAAACUAGCAUCACCGGCAACCCUUAACCAAAACAUACAAACUAUCCCAUUGCCUUGGCAGGUGGCAGAAGAAGGAACAAACUGUCUUACGUCAGGAUGGGGGACCACCACUAGCCCUGAUGAGAGAUACCCAGAUGUGCUACAGUGCGUCAACAUCACAGUGGUGUCCAUGUCUGUCUGCCAAGAACGCUAUCCAAACGAUGUGAUUACUGACAAUAUGCUCUGUGCAGGAGUCGUGGAAGGAGGGAAGGACUCAUGCCAGGGUGACUCUGGAGGACCCUUAGUUUAUGACUCUGUGCUUCAAGGAAUAACAUCUUGGGGAGAGAGACCUUGCGGGGAGCCAAACAAACCAGGGAUAUAUACCAAAGUCUUCAAUUACAUCAACUGGAUUAGUGACAUCAUGGAGAGAGAAACUCCAUCUCAAUGUCAGAACAUGACUUCCAAUAAAACCCACAUGGUUUCGAAGCAUCACAAGAGUCUUAAAUUGGUACAAGAUGAGCGCUUAGAGCAGCUGAACCUCCACCAACCACACGUUUUUGGACUUGAUUCCAUGAACACUUCAAUCCGAAAAGCAGGUCUUGGCGACGCUGAACGGUUUCCCGCACGCUUUAUUUCCAAAAUGUAUGUCCUGGUUAUAGCAGCUCUGCUAGGACCUGUGGUUCGCAGUCAGGUUCUUAACCGGAUUAUUGGGGGCACGGAAUGCGCCCCUAACUCUCAGCCCUGGCAAAGCGCUCUUUAUUACUUUGAUGAACAUGUUUGCGGUGGGGUCCUGAUCGAUGAAAACUGGGUACUGACGGCUGCUCACUGCAACCUACCGAGUAUACAGGUCCGACUCGGGGAUCAUAACUUAUUGGUUUACGAAGGCAAGGAACAGUUCAACUAUGCCGAAAAGAUAUGUCCUCAUAAAGAAUUUAACCCUUAUACCUACACUAAUGACAUCAUGCUAUUAAAACUUGCAUCUCCAGUCAGCCUCAACGCAUACGUUCAAACAAUCCCGCUUGGCUGUCCCGAGGUAGCCGAAGGAGCCAGCUGCCUUGUGUCAGGCUGGGGAACCUUGACCAGUCCUACAGCGACCUUUCCUGAUGCCUUGCAUUGUGUGAACGUCAAUACCUUUUCUACAUCCGUCUGCCAGCAAGCGUAUCCCUCUGAUGAGAUUAAUGACAACAUGUUGUGUGCCGGGGUCAUGGAAGGAGGGAAGGAUUCCUGCCAGGGAGACUCGGGGGGACCCUUGGUCUGCGAUGGUAAACUCCAUGGCAUCACUUCCUGGGGGAAUGUCCCGUGUGGGGAAGCAAAUAAACCAGGAAUCUACACCAAAGUCUGCAAAUAUCUGAACUGGAUCCAAGACACAAUGGCAAGCGGAGACUGUAUCUGAACGACGGAUCGAGCCGGUGUAUUCUGGACGAGGACAAGAUGCUCAAAACAGUUUAAAAGAAAUAUACUUAAAUAAAAUUCCAAUGCAUCAACAAUGA